UAUUUUUUUGGGUCUAGUUCAAUCUCUGCUCUUUCUUGGUUUUGGCCAAAAUUCAAUCUCUGCUCUUAAAACUUCCAAAAAGCUACCCUUAUCUUUUGCUUUUCUGAAAACCCUAAUUCUUGUCGUUGCCCCAAUUCUCAAUAACGAUGCUUCUAUCCCCCGGUCACUCGCCUCGCCAUGUUUCUUCGCCCUCUCCUUCUCUUUCCCAAGUUUCUGUGCAAAAUCCCAAUGAUUCAUCCUCUGAAAUCACUCCCAAAAUCCCUCGCAAGAACCAAGCCGUCCUCGAUGAAGACACUUACGUUGCCGCCAUCGAGAAGAUCAUCGAGCGCGACUUCUUCCCUGAUAUCUCCAAGCUUAGAGAUCGCCUUGACUGGCUGGAAGCAAUCAAGACCGGCGAUCCGAUUCAAAUUCGUGAUGCCCAGUUGAAGAUCAUGGAACGCCGUGGACGGAAGGUAACUAAUUCUAACGCUGAUGGUAGAACGCAAACACCUGGUUCCACUUUUGCUAGAAAUUUUACUCCUUUUGAUGAAUUUGAUGGCAAAACCCCGAGAACACCUGGUUUUCCGAAUGGGGAAGCAUCUGGCGGUGGGGAGCCUAGUGAGGAAGGAGGUGCGGUGGAUACGUCACUUAGCCUGGAUCAAUUUCUUAGCAGGUAUACGAGUGAGGACAAUUAUAGUUUUUCUAAUAUUUUGGAGAAAGUAAAUAGGAAGAGGAAGGAGAGAUUUGGGUACCUGAGAGAAGGGGAGAAGGAACAUGUUGCAGCUAUUGAGGAUGCAAAGAGGGAUAGGAUAACAGAUGGAUAUGGAACGUCUGAUCAGCCCCCAAGUACCUUGGAGGGGUGGAAGUAUGCUGCAAAAAAUCUGUUGAUGUAUCAUCCAACUGAUCGUGGGGAAGCCCCUCUGACUGAAGAGGAAAUGGCGGUAAGAAUGAAAGGCUUGACGAAGGAGAUUAAUCGUUCAAAUACGAGAUUUCAUGGUAAAAUGAUGGAAUCUAGGCCCAAUGAUGAUGGAACCGUUGAGGUGCUUUAUACCCCUGUUGCUGGUGCAACUCCAGCUCCAACAUCAGAUAGAGAAAUGGAGAAAUUAAAGAAGUACGAUUUGGAUGAUUUAAGGAAGACUCCAAAUCCGUUCUAUGUUGAAUCUGGAAAAAAAGCUGAUAAUGGUUAUAGCUUCGUAAGGACACCAUCUCCGGCUCCAGGAGUUGAUGAAUCCCCAUUUAUUACUUGGGGUGAAAUUGAAGGUACCCCAUUGAGGUUGGAUCCAGAGGAUACACCAAUUGAUAUUGGUGGCAGUGCCGAUGGACCUCAUUAUAAGAUUCCUUCUGCGCCUGCAAGGGAUGAAAAGGCUCACUCACUUUCUAGGGAGGCUGCGCGUAAGCUGAGGGAAAGAUCAAAGAUGUAUCAUAAGCCUCCGUUGCCAUCACCAUAUCGAGGUGGGAGUGCUAGUCCAAGUGGUCGGACUCUUUCUCCUGCUGCACAGAAGUUUGUAAGGAAUGCUAUUGCAAAAUCCUCAUCGACUGUUGACGAAACCCUUCGUGCUAGUUACCGUGGUUCUAGUCCUGCUUUGACUACUCCUAGAAGCGCUAGGAGCGUAUCGAGGUUUGGUAGAGAUGGAAGCAUGGGUUCUAGGUCUCCAUCGAUUAGAGAGGGGUCAAAUGCCCCUUGGUGAUAUGUUUCCAUUCUCUUGAUAUGUAUAAUAUUUCAUAUUUUGAAGUCUUGAUAAGUUGACUGUCACAACUUUUUCCUUGGAUAAAUCUAGUAAUGACACAUCACCUAUGUAAAUUCAGAGAAAAUAUCAGACUGAAAAUUUAAAUGAAUGUUGAUCCCUUUUAA